UUCCCGCGCGUGAGAGUAACAUCGGGGGAGGGGAUUUUACCGCGCUGUGUUGUGAGAUAUAAAGCGCUCUGAAACCAGUAGACAACAUUCAUUCCUCAUAAACACGGGAAGAAGAAGGAUCAGUUCUCUUUGGAUUUUGCAAUAAACAACAUGAAGGGACUUCAGGUUUUGUUCGUCUGCUGUCUGACAGUUGUUGCCUUUGCACAGGAUAAAAAUGGAGGAAAUAAGCGAUUCUUUGGAGGAUUAAACCAAGGCUUUGGUGGAGGUUUCGGUGGUGUUAAUCCAGGAUUUGGAGGUGGAAUCAACCCAGGCUUUGGAGGAGGAUUCGGAGGAGUUUCCAACACCUGCAGACGUUGGUGCCGAACUCCCGAGGGACAGGCAUACUGCUGCGAGAGCAACAAUGAGCCUGACACCCUUCCCUUCGUGAAGCCAGGUGUAUGCCCUCCCGUUCGCCCUCAGUGCCCACCCGUCAGGAGCUUCGCCCCUCCACAGACAUGCUCCAAUGACAGCAAGUGCGGAGGCGUCGACAAGUGCUGCUACGACAGAUGUCUCGAGGAGCACGUGUGCAAACCCCCUGUUGGGUCCUCCGGCUUUGGAGGAUUCGGCUUUGGAAGAUAAUUCCUGACCGUCCCUUGAAAGAUUAUCUUUGUAAAUUAUGUUAUUAGUUUUACCACUUUAGAAGAUUUGGUCGAUAACAUUUGACCUAACUUACUGUGAUAUAACAUACUACUUUAGAAUGUUAACAAAUAAGUACUUAUUCUUCAAGUCUUUUGUUAAAAAGUUUUCGUUUAGUUAUGUUAAGUACACACAAUAAUAAUAAAAACAUUAUGAUAGUACUUUCAUUUUUAUUUAUUUAUUCCUUCCCAGUAAAAUAAAGUGUAGCUAUUUUGGCAGGACUCCAAACAGCAACCCAUAAAACCAGAAAUACUCGCUAAAGUUAGAUGGUUGCUUUAGAAACUCAUGUUUACAUCGAAUCAGUGCUUAAGCAAGACUCCUGGAUUAAAAACAAUAACACGUAAA